UGUGUAUAUACAUAUGUAUAUAUGAGAGAUGCAUUGGUAGAGAUUACCGAGCAGUUGUUAGCUCCAUAUCAACCAGCUACAACAUUAAAAAGCUGCUUACUUACUGAUGAAUUAACAAUAAUGAUCUAAUAAUAUGUAAUAAGAAUUAAUUCUCUGAAGGGGACCAUUCUACAUAAUGAAUAUUUUAAUAUUUUUCAUCCUCCGGAGGCAUUAUGUUUUCAGGUUGUCCGUCCUUCCGUUCCAUUAUCGUGACGCGAUAUCUCAGGAGGGAGUUUCCUGAGGGAGUUUCUCCAGCUGGAGUCGAGGAUGAAUUAAUGUAUUUAGGUGGUCAAAGGUCAAGGACACUGUGACCUCACGUCAGUCCCAUUCUUGUGAACACGAUAUCUCAGGAAGGCCUUCGGCGAAUUUCUUUACAUUUGGCUCAAACAUCCACCUGAACGGAAGAAUGUAGAGAUGUGAUUUUACAUUUACAUUAAUAACCACACCUCAAAAGUUGAUGUGGUCAUUUUGAAAAUUUCACACAAAUGUCUAAUAUGAUAAAAUGAAGUGAUGACAUUUUGGAUUGAUGUAAACAGCGACAUGACUAGUUGGUGGAGGCAGUUUUAGUUUUCAUUCUACUUUUGUACUUUUAUUUCAGUUAAAUUUUGAAUGCAAUAAUUCUACUUCCAUUAGACUUAAAUGUUUCAUAUUACUGCUCCACCUCAUUGGAUCCAUCUGUGCUUUCUGUCUAGAAAAUGUACAGUUUAGCUCUUAAAAUAUUUCUUAUAUUUCCAAUUUGGCGAAUUGUGCCUGGAGUCCAGGCCUGAUGCGUUGGUACUUGUAAAUUGUGUUAUUGUGAAGCAGCUGUUCCACUUUCCUCACUGCAUUUCACAGCGCAGAUAAUAUUGCUUCUCUGAAGUUUAAGUAUGCGCUGCGUUGGUUGAACGUAACGUCAUCUCAGUGUGUCGCCUGGUCUGAAGUAGUUGUGCUUAACUCGAAUCCUCUGGUGCUUUUCCGAGACGCCGCAUAUGGGAUGACAAUGGGAUUCCUCUGAAGGGGUCUCUGCUUCUUGGAACUAUUUAGGCCUCUGGGGAGGAAUAUGUUCUGGGCUUUGAGUCUGAUCUGUCUCUAUCUGUUUGUCCUGUGCCACGGCCUCCUGCAGCUCUCUCAGCUGCUGUACAGCGCCUACUUCAAGAGCACCAUCAGCACAAUCGAGAGACGCUACGGCCUCAGCAGCUACUCCUCGGGAACCAUUUCUUCUCUCCACGAGGUCAGCAACGGUUUGCUGAUUGUGUUCGUGAGCUACUUCGGAAACCGCGUUCACCGUCCUCGCCUCAUUGGAAUCGGCGGCCUGCUGAUGGCCGUCAGCGCCAUGAUGCUGACCUUACCUCACUUCUUAUCCCAGCCCUACGAAUACGACUCCGUAUUACACAAUCGCCACGACAUUUGCAACCUGCAGAGGAACUCGAGCGGCCUGGAGUCUUGUGGCCACGACGAGUCCAGGCGCCUGGCCGACACCAACAACCUGUGGCUGCUCAUGGCCAGCGCUCAGCUGCUCUUCGGCGUGGGCUCGGUGCCCAUCCAGCCGUUUGGGAUCUCCUACAUAGAUGACUAUGCUGGGCCCGGCAACUCCCCUCUUUACAUAGCCAUCCUGUUUGCAGUAUCUGUAUUUGGGCCUGCCAUCGGCUACCUGCUGGGCUCAUUCAUGCUGCGGAUCUAUGUGGACGUGGACAAAAUUGGUUUAGGAGCUGAACUCGAGCUGCAACCGAGCGAUCCCCGCUGGGUGGGGGCCUGGUGGAUGGGGCUGCUCAUCACCUCCGCCUGCCUGCUUCUCACUUCCAUCCCUUACUUCUUCUUCCCUCGCAGAAUGCCUUCAGACGAUAAUGUGAUUGGAAGUGAAACGGACAUGAGUGAUGACUUCAAGAAGCCAGAUGUCUCCUUACUGGAUUUCCUGAAAAUGUUUCCCAGAAUGUUUGUCCACCUCCUGUUGAGCCCUCUCUUCCUGAUGCUGGUCCUGGCCCAGUGCUGCUUCUCCUCCGUGAUCGCGGGCCUCGCUACGUUCCUCAACAAGUUUCUGGAGCGGCAGUACAGUGCAUCGGCCGCCGACAGCAGCCUGCUAGUAGGUGCUGUGAAUCUGCCAUCUGUCGCGGUGGGGAUGCUGAUCGGCGGGGUCAUCAUGAAGAAGGCCGGCCUCUCCCUGAAGACCAUCCCGCGCUUCUCCGUUGCCAUGCUGACCAUGUCCACCCUCCUCUUCAUCCCUCUCUUCUUCAUGGGCUGUCCCACGCAGAAAGUGUCUGAGGUCAAUCACUACCAGAUCGGACAGUAUCGGUCCCUAUCCCUGUGCUACUCCAACUGCUCCUGCCCCGCCAGUGCCUUCAACCCUGUGUGUGGCUCUGAUGGAAUCGAGUAUAUUUCUCCUUGCCAUGCGGGCUGCACCAACUUCACCAAAGUCCCGAACAACACCCACAGGGUUCAGCUGUACACCAACUGCAGGUGUAUAUCAGGGAGCCAGAGUAAUGCCCAGCCUGCUCCCUGUCCGAACAACUGUCGUCACCUCCUCCUCCCCGUCAUUCUUGUCAUCUCCCUGGCCUCACUGAUCGCCUGCCUCACUCACAACCCCAUGUACAUGAUGGUGCUCAGAUGUGUUCCCUCUGAAGAGAAGUCAUUUGCGAUAGGAAUUCAAUUUUUACUCAUGAGAAUAUUAGCCUGGCUGCCCGCCCCCGCUCUCUUCGGGACGGCCAUCGAUACGUCAUGCAUCUGGUGGAGGCGCGUGUGUGGAAAGAAGUUUAGCUGUGGUUACUACGACAACAACAUCUUGAGGAACCGGUACUUGGGCUUACAGGUGGGUUACAAGGUCAUGGGUAUCGUCCUGCUGAUGAUGCUGGGGUGGAAGGCCAAGCGGACCCAGGUGUACAGUCUGGAGAAGAGGCCAGAAGGACUGCUCUGAGCUGAGCUCCAAGCCUCUGCGUCCCCUGAAGUUCUGCUGUGGUGGGUAAACAUGCCGGAGAACAGUGUUGCAGAGCCAAGCUGUGUCAGCUGGAGAAAGCCGCAGCCAAGACAUGCCUGCACUGACCUCAAUUUCUGGAGGCCCACUUCCUCACCUGGUGCUUCACUGGCUGGAGUUGAGAUGUAAUGUUUUUGGAUGCUUUAAAGUUUAUGAUUGGAUUUACUCUGACAACAUCACCCACUUAUUACAAGUUAAGAGAUGACAGCUAAAACACCUCUCUUGUGUGGUACCUCAACAAUUAUGAUGGGUUCAAACAACACGUACAUAUCUUUGUCUAUUACUUGUUCCUAUAAGGGAGGAAUCUGUUCAGGUUUCUAUUUCCAAUGGGAACAUAUUCUGUAACUAAUUAAAUGUAUUAGCUUAAUAUUUAAGUUUAUCUUUUUAUAGAUGUUUGUCUCAUACACUGAGACAUCUGUGAUAACUGCAAUACUAAUUUCAUAUAUACCAUGAUCACAUAUAACACUUGAUUGAAUUGCAAUGCUUAUGAAUUUUGAGAUAUCAAGAAUGUACACUGUUUCUUGUAAAUUGAAUUAAACGCACACAUUAUGCUCGCUGCUGGUGUGGUUAUAUUGGUUACAGUGGAGUGCAUAAAUGUGUACUGGCUAAUAUAAAGUACAAUUAAUCAAGUCGGCGUGAAGUCCUUUAUUCAUUUCUGUGUUUAUGUCUUAAAGGCUAGACAACCAACCAAAUGUCCAAGUUUUACAGCACCAGUGGUUUUGGUAUUUCAAUUAAUUUCUAAUUUCCAUCUCUUGAGUACAGUAUAGCAGCCAAGGUGAGUCCUUUAUUUUUAGAUAGUAGUGUGGUCAUAUGUGUGUUAGAGGGGUCCCUGUGACAACAUUUGAAGACCUUUUUUUGUAGUUUAGAUUGUGCUCACUUGGUUCAUAUUCCUGAAUUAAGUUGCAUUUCAUCAAUUGACUGCAA